CACAGCUGGGUGGGGUGCAUUCCAAAGAAACACUCAAAGAAUUACAAUCUAAUCAAUAUCUGCCCACACAAGAUUACAUCAAAGAUAAUGGCAUUUGGGGGACACAAUAUAUUCAAACUGGCAUAGUGAUAAAAGUCAAAAGGAGACCUUUGUAUUCACCAUGCUCUGUCACAGCAUGAGAUUUAUCAUAAAUCUGGCUCUCCUAGCAAUAGGAGGAUUGCUGUAGCAAUUGGGAGAAGGAACUUUCCACACCAAUGGCAGAGGAAAUUGACCAUGAUUAUCAAAUGGAGAGGGAGGUGCUGUAAUUAAAAGGGGCCAUUGAGGAAUAUGUCUGAAUUCCCGGUAUCAACUUGGGCAUGUCUUGCUAUCCCUUUUCUCAAUUGUGACAAUAAAUAUAAAGUGCAUCAGUUCUGGCCUGUGAAGGGCAUAGCUAACAAGGGGUCAGACCUUUCAGAUGUAAGGGUCUGGGCUACAUCUCUAGGCAAGCCAUUGAGAUGAGUGAAUGUGCUAGCAGAAGGUGAGGCGAGAAGAAGAGAAUUAGUAGUGGAGGACACUAAGCAGCAGUUUCAGCUCUAAAAUCAGUUGCAGUGGUGGAUCAUCCCUCUAACCUUUCGUUUUUAAUUCUAUCCCUGAAUGAUGGAGGAACUCUGCCCAGAAUAUAUGUGAAGAAAUGGAUUCAAGUGUUGAACUGCUGCUCUGCUCUCCCUUCUAACAAGAAGGAUUUGUUGCUCCUACUCCUGGUAUUGCUAAUAGACAGCCUUCAGCUGUUAGACUCAAGAUACAUGAGGCAUCUACAGUUAUCCUUGGUGAAACAAGAACUGAUUUUUCAGGAACAAGGUCAAGACCCAAGAGGACAUGACCAGGAAGCUUCUGGUGGUUGAGCUUCCAGCACUCUCUUACUAAAGGAAAUUUUUCUGAGGGCAUUUCUUUUAUUAUAAUACUAGCUUCACUUGAUUACAUUAAAAUUCCUAUUACUUGUAAAUAUUCAUUUCUUUAAGAAAAUUUCUCUGUUUAUUCAUUUGAUCCUUUCUUUCAUUCAUUUUCUGAUCUUCAGCUCUCCCUCUGAUGCACAGGACCAAUUUUUUUUUUCUGUUCUUCUGCUUGCUUCUAGUCAGCACACAUCCCACCAUGGGUAAAGAUUAACAGUCACAUACAGUAAAAUAGAUAAUCCCUAAGACAUACAAUUUUAUUCUAUGUACAAAAAGGGGUUCUUGAUUUACAAGUAUAAUUUUAUUUUUAUCCUGGACUUAGUUUAUAAUUACCAAAUUGACAGAGAUCCAGAUGAUUUGCUUUGAUUCAGUAUUCAUAGUGAAGCUCAAGAAUAAUAGUAUUAGUGGUCAUUUUUUGAGUUUACCCAGUGCCAGAUUGUGUUCCAGGAACUUUGUAUGGAAUAACACAACUCUAAGAGUUAGGAACUUAGUAUUCCUGUUUUACAAAUGAUGUAACUGAAGAACAGAGAGGUUUAUUAAUUUGCCCAAGGUCACAUAGCUAAGUGGCGAAAUUCCAACACAGGCAUUGUGACUCCAGAGUCCACAUUAUUCACCACUGUACUAUGCUCUCUCUGGGGAUGUCUUUGGUCUUAAACAGGAAUACAAAGAAAGAGAAACUGGCAAAAAAGGCAACCAUUAUUUGGCCACUGUAAUGAUCAAGUCUCACUUAGUGGUAAGCUUGGAAGUUGUCUAAUUAUACUUAUUUGAAAAUAUAACUAUAUAUACUUGAAAAAAGAUGAAAGUUUGCAUAAAAGAAUAAGGUGAAGCUGCAAUGAUAGUAUUGGUGGUUGAACUAGAGCAGAUUGUGGGGUUCUCUAGCUCAAUCUCUUUAAUUUCUAAUGAGUAAACUGAGACAGAUUUGUAAUUAAAUUUAGACAAUGGCUAAAGUGCAUGCCUUCUCACACUGAGCUUAAAUAUUUUCCUGUGUCUGUGUACUUUUUGGAAUACAGUCAUUGAAGACCUAUUUUGAGUACUCUCAGUGCCUAAGAAGCAUUUUAAAUAAAACUAUGUCCCACUUUCCUCUAUCUCUCUUUUCUAUGUCUAUUUUCUGCCCACUCACUACCUAAAUCACCCAAAGUGUUUUGAAAAAAAAAAAAAAAACUGGCUGGUAAUGCACUUGGUGAUAGUUAUAAGUCAUUUUUGAAUUCAAAAUAUUUGCUGAAAAUCUCUAUAGUGUAUGUAAGUGUCUUAAGAUUUGUGGGACAGGCAAUUUCCUUAAGAAAUUGAUGGUCAAUUUUAUGUUUGAGUAUUUGCCACAUGGAAUACUUUAGUAAAUAAUUUUGUAGUUAUUUGGUACAUUUCAAAGCCCUGCCUCUUGGAAUUUAAGAAGAGUUUUAUGAAAAUUGAAUGCUCUUUAAGACAUGAAGGUCUGAACCUCUAAUAGUGGAAUAUCAUAGUAUUGAGCAAGAUUCCCAGAAGAGGCAUUAUUUUUGAUAGUACCUAGACAUAUUGCAUAUUCACUACAAAUACUACCAACUCAAAGGACUGACUCUCUGCUGAUUUAUUUGUUUAGAGUUUAUCUCCAACCAGAGAGAGUAUGUUUCUUUAUAGCAGGAACCCUUGCUCUUUUCAUCAUUGCUGGCUUCUGUGUAUUUUAAAUAAGUGAUUUUUAAAUGGGUGGGUGUCUUUUUGCCUUUUGACUACUUUUUAACUACUUUUCUGUAUAGAAGAUCCACUAAGAUUUUGAGCUAGAACCUCUUACUUGCAGCACCAAACAAGUCAUCUGAGUGGAAACAGAAUUUUCAAGGGAAACUUUUUGGAAGAUGAACUCAAUACAUAUUUUUGAAAUGUUUAUUUUGUGAAAGCCACUAUAGAACAUACACUGAAGAUUUUCUUAAUGACAUAAUACAUGAAUUUGUAGUUUAUGUUCACAAUUUCAUUUCAGAUCCUGUUCUCCCAAGCUCUUCUCUCUGAAACAGGUAUUAUAGAAGGGUAAAUGGGACACACCAACAAUGUAUCAGAAUUUGUUCUUCUGGGCCUUACUCAGAAUCCUGAGGGGCAGAAAAUAUUAUUUGUCAUGUUUCUACUCAUCUACAUUGUGACUGUGGUUGGCAAUCUGCUCAUUGUGGUGACUGUCACUGCCAACCCCUCUCUGGGCUCACCCAUGUACUUCUUCCUUGCCUUUCUCUCACUCACAGAUGCUGCUUAUUCCACUGCAAUUACCCCCAAAAUUAUUUCAGACUUACUCUGUGACAAAAAGACUAUUUCCUUCCUAGCUUGUAUGGGCCAGCUCUUCAUAGCACACUUAUUUGGUGGUGCUGAGGUCUUCCUCCUGGUGGCGAUGGCCUAUGAUCGCUAUGUGGCCAUCUGUAAGCCACUGCACUACUUGACCAUCAUGAAUCAACAAGUCUGCAUCUUGCUGCUCGUGGUGGCCUGGGCUGGAGGUUUUGUGCACUCUGUGGUUCAACUUCUCUUUGUGUACAGCCUCCCCUUCUGUGGUUCCAAUGUAAUUGACCACUUUGCCUGUGACAUGUACCCAUUAUUGGAAAUUGCCUGCACUGACACCUCCUUUAUAGGCCUCACCGUGGUCGCCAAUGGUGGAGCAAUCUGCAUGGUCACCUUUAUCCUUCUACUCUUCUCCUAUGGGGUCAUCCUAAACUCCCUAAAAAUUCACAGUCUGGAAGGGAGGCAUAAAGCCUUGUCUACCUGCAGCUCCCACAUCAUGGUGGUUGUCCUCUUUUUUGUCCCCUGUAUUUUCCUGUAUGUUAGACCUGUUUCCAACUUUCCCAUUGAUAAAUCUGUGAGUGUGCUUUAUACAGUUAUCACUCCCAUGUUGAAUCCUUUAAUAUAUACCUUGAGAAACUCUGAGAUGAAAAAUGCUAUGGUAAAACUCUGGUGUAAAAAUUUAACUAUAGGUAGAAUAAGAACAUGUCAACCACACUGAACAAAUUUGUUGCUAAUUCUAAAAAAACAAACAGUAAAUUCUGACAGGUGAUUUAGUCAUUUCAAUGAAUUACCUAAGGAUGCUUCUCUUUAUUGAUGCAAAGGCUUCAAAAGAGCAAAUUCUCCUUUGAGGUUUGAAUCAAUCUAAUAGAAAAAUUCUAGAGGCUGAAUAAAAGCUAUAGGUAUUUGUCCUGUUUUAAGUAAAAAUAAAACUAAGCUUACAGCAUAACUUUAUUUUUAUCAGUUUUUAUUAUAGGGGCUUAGAAGAAAGUACCUUUUUUUUCUUUUUAAAAGAUCAAAACAAUUUACUUCUGAAAUUUAAUAACAUCUCAAUUAAGAAAGCAAUUUGGCUAACAGAACAAAUUUUUGAGGAGAAGAGAGUAUUUUUUUUUUGUUUGCUUAAUUUUCAUGUCCUUUAUUCUAUGAGCCCAGGAGCUUUCUUUUAUUGCAUUCUGCACUUUGUGUUUUAGAUUACUUCUGUUCCUUGGCUCAGCGUCUAUGCAUUUGCAUCUCAGGAUAUUGGGUUAGGAAAUGAUAUUGUUCUUGGUAAGAGGCAAUAUCAAUCAGCAAUUUUGUUAAAUGGGCUGUUUUUUAUCAUUGAAAGCUGUAUCAACCCAUUCUGUAAGCAUAUUUUUAUGUUUUUCCACACUAGUUAUUAAGUGUAUUUUUUACAUCCUUAAAAGAGUUAGGUAAAGUUUCUUUGCCUCCAUGAUGCUGAAAUGUGGAUAAAGAAUGUAUUAUUUUGCAUAAAUAGAGUGUUCCUUUUAAGUUGUAUGAAAUGUAAGUAGUUUUUACUUAUAGACAUAGUAAUGAUUCGUUUAAUAAAAAUGUUUUUCAAUUUUUUUCAAAAUAAUUUUUUCUCACUAUCCUGGAACAUCACCAAACCAUGAAGUUGAAAGAAUUUUUUCAGUGUAAUCUGGAAUAAUCAUCUCUACUUAGUAAGAGUUCACUUUUCUAAUAAAAAAAAUAGAGCUUUUCUUACUUUUAAAUAUUACUUUUUUCAUGCAUAUUCAAUAUCUGAAUUUAUUUACACAUUUGUACCUUCUCACCUAGAAUAUUAUCAAUAUCACUGAAACUCCCUGUGUGCAUCUCCCUGACCCAUUCCUCUGUCUCUCCCCAGAGGUAAUCCAAAUCCAGCAAUUUUCAUUAAUGAUAAUUAAAAAUAGUUUAACUUCAUAUGUAUGUGUUACUAAGGUAUAUUUAGAUUUUUUUAACUCCCUGCUUUUAUUAAAAGUAUACUAUGUACUACUUAGUU